AGGCGCAGAGCGGCGGCGUUUGUCCCCCUGAGGCGGCCGAGGCGAUGCUGUUCUCCCUCCGGGAGCUGGUUCAAUGGCUGGGCUUCGCGCCCCUGGAGCUUCUCCUGCAGGCGCUGGCGCUGCUGGCCGCGUCGGCGCUGCUGGUGCUGAAGGCGGACGGCGGGGAGUCCGGGGAGGCGCUGAGCUGGUGGGCGGUGCUGGCGGCCUUCUUCGCGGCCGACGGGCUGAGCGCCUACUUCAGCACCAUCGUGUCGGUGCGGCUCUUCCAGGACGGCGAGAAGCGGCUGGCGGUGCUGCGGCUGCUGUGGGUGCUGACGCUGCUGAGCCUCAAGUUCGUCUUCGAGGUGCUGCUGGGCCAGAAGCUGGCGGGCCAGAGCCGGGAGCUGUGGUUCGGGCUGCUGCUGUCGCCCGUCUUCAUCCUCCUGCAGCUGCUGAUGAUCCGGGCCUGCAGGGUCAACUAGGGGCCGAGGGAGGGAGGGGAGGAAGGAGAAGAGCCAGGCGAAGGACAGUAAGAGCGAAGUAGAAAGCCCGGGAAAGGAGAGAAGGGCGAAGGAAGGAAGGAAAGCAGGGCAAGGGAAAGAAACCGAAAGGAAGGAAAGGCAAAGCAAGGCACGCACACACCCCACAUCCAGCGGCUGAGCGCUUGGCCAGCCCAGAAAGAGGAGGCGGAAGAGAUGAAGGCCAAGCAAAGCACACAGGCACUGGCAGCAGCGGCUGAGCGCUCGGAUCUGGCCCAGGGAGAAGGGGCAGAGGAGAGCAAAGCAAUGGCCACCCACCCAACAUCCCCCGACAUACACCUGGGAAAGGAGGCAGAGGAGAGAGAGGCAAGACCCAGGAAGAACGCUAUCCACACCUGCCACACCAGCAGAGCGCUCGGCUGUGCCACAGAGAGGAGGUGGAGGAGGGCAAAGCGCUGCAGCACUGGCUGAGGGAGAAGACGGAGAUCAAGGCAGAGCAAACACACACACACAACUCUGGCACCGGCUGAGCUCUCGGGACCCGCCUAGAGAGAGGAGGCAGCGGCAGGGCUCAGCUCCUCUUCCACUGCCACCUCUCCAAAGCACCCUGAUGCUCCUUCCCACUGCGCCAUUACGGCAAGGAACUGUGCCUGCCCUGCAUGUACCAGAGUGACUGCUUUUGGACCCUGCAGUGCUGCCCUCGGACCCUCUGCCGCCCCAUGAGCCCACCAGACCCUCCCUCCCCCCCCAAAAAAAAGGUCGGACCCUCGAGGUAGUUAUUUAAGAAGAAAAACACACAACCCAGUGGAGAAAUAUUAUCAGCGAUCUCUGAAUUUCAGGGGGUUGAACUAGAGGACUUUUGGGGUCCUUCCAACUCUGUGAUGAUCCUGUGGACACUUUAUCUUUCCCCAUCCUGGAAUAGCCAUUCUGUGCAUCCCGCCAGCUCCUACAUUCCUGGUAUCAUAGAGCAAAAACAAGUUUGCUAGCGUCCUCUGAACAUGUACAGUUUUGCAAUUUAUUUAUUUUUUAAGACACUUUAUCAUUGUACCACCAGGAAUAAAAUGAAGCCUUCCAGCCCUUUCAAGUCUGCCCUGAUACUAGAAAGGUUUACUUGAGAGUGGAGGGAUGGAACCAGUUUGUUUAAAAAAUAAAUAAAAGGUUUUUUUUAAAAAAAGUACCAAAAUGAGGGUCCGCUGCAGUUGUGUUACAUGCCUAAGCCCCCUGGCUAACUUUCUUCCCUGAUAGCAUCUUUAGGUAGGGCUGGGAAUGUCCCCCACCCGAAACCCCAGAGAGUCCCUGCUGCCAGUCAGUGUAAGAUAAAAACAGGCGCAUAGGAGAGGCAGUCUUCUACUGAGUCAGGCCACUGCGGACCUUUUAAGUCAGUGUUGCCUUCACAGGCUGGCAGCAGCACCAACUCUCCCCAGGGUUUCAGACCAGACAUCUUUUCCAGACCCAGCUGGGAGAUGCCGACCAAAGCUCUGCACCUUCUGCAUGCAAAGCAGGUGUCCUGCCCCUUGUGGUUCUUGGCUUAUAUUCUGGUGCUCAUAUUCUGGAUAAAGGGCUGCAUUAAACAGGAACGCCAGGAGCUGCCUUAAACUGAGUCAGACCCUUGAUCUAUUUAGCCCUGUAUCAUCUGCGAUGACGGGCAGGUGUGAGCUGGACCCUUGGGAGGCCCAACUCUACGAGUCUGUGAUGCUAUGAUUCUAUUACCAACAUCAACUAUGGCAGGCCCUGUGGUGCCCACCCCAGUCCAGGUGCCAGUGACAAGGGGCCUGUUUGCUGCUGCCCCCAUCCCCUGCCCUUUGGGGUGACCCUGGACUGUUCUCACAGGUUCAGCUACUGUUGCACCACCCCAAACAUCUGCCUUCGCUGCCACCUACGCGGCCGGCAGUCCCAGCGCUUCCUUCCUGUUUCAACAUUAACCACCAGUCAUGAUUCAAAGGAAAUAAAACCCACAAAAGGCCGUUGUGCAAAGCCAAGCCGAUUGACUGCUGACAAUCCUUGCACAGCACAAAGUAAACACGGAUACCUAAGUGUAUAAGCCACAUUUCUGAAAUAGUAUAGAGAGCAAGCCUAUAACCGUGUUUAGCCUCCAGCUAACCUCAGAGACCCCUCCAGUCACAGAGCAGGAAUUCUUCCAGGGCCUCCCCUUUGCAAAACUAAGUUAACAUGUUUGGCAGCCCUGUUUAGGGAAGUUUGAUGUCUGAUGUUUUAUUGUAUUUAUAAUAUUUUGUUGGAAGCUGCCCAGAGUGGCUGGGGAAACCCAGCCAGAUGGGCAGGGUAUAAAUAAUAAAGUAUAUUAUUAUUAUUAUCUGAGCUGACCUGUCAAAGAGCAGGUAUCUAUGUAGGAAUGAAGCAUAUAUCUAUGUAUGCACCAGACAGGCCAGGAACGGCAACCAGACAUCUUCAUGUGAAAAGGAUCUAGGAGUCUUGGUAGACCACAAACUUGACAUGAGUCAACAGUGUGAUGCAGCAGCUAAAAAAGCCAAUGCAAUUCUGGGCUACGUCAAUAGGAAUAUAGCAUCUAGAUCGAGGGAAGUAAUAGUACCACUGUAUUCUGCUCUGGUCAGACCUCACCUGGAGUACUGUGUCCAGUUCUGGGCACCACAGUUCAAGAAGGAUAUCGACAAGCUGGAACGUGUCCAGAAGAGGGCAACCAAAAUGGUCAAAGGCCUGGAAACGAUGCCUUAUGAGGAACGGCUUAGGGAGCUGGGUAUGUUUAGCCUGGAGAAGAGAAGGUUAAGGGGUGAUACGAUAGCCAUGUUCAAAUAUAUAAAAGGAUGUCAUAUAGAGGAGGGAGAAAGGUUGUUUUCUGCUGCUCCAGAGAAGCAGACACGGAGCAAUGGAUUCAAACUACAAGAAAGAAGAUUCCACCUAAACAUUAGGAAGAACUUCCUGGCAGUAAGAGCUGUUCGGCAGUGGAAUUUGCUGCCAAGGAGUGUGGUGGAGUCUCCUUCUUUGGAGGUCUUUAAGCAGAGGCUUGACAGGCAUAUGUCAAGAAUGCUUUGAUGGUGUUUCCUGCUUGGCAGGGGGUUGGACUGGAUGGCCCUGGUGGUCUCUUCCAAUUCUAUGAUUCAUUGACAGACUCAAUGGAGUCUGUUGGAGAAACAGGAACUCUGAGCAUGUAGAACCCAUUUUGUGAUGUAUCUGGAGUGGUCUUUCUGUGACAGGUUUGAAAAUUGCAACACACGUUUGUCCUGGGCUCUCUCCCCACUUCCUUGCAAGGAGGGAAAAGCGGGGAGACUGUUGCAACAGACCAAUAAAGGUCAGCAGCUUCCUUUUGCAUCCAUUUGUAUCUCUGACCAAUAGCAGACCUCAAGGGACCCAAGUCCCUUCAUGGGGAGUUGAGUUGUGAAAGCCAACCCCAGUUCUCUAGCAACACAGCCAAAAGGGCCUUUUCCAUGCCCAGUUCUCUGCCAGUUUCCAUGGGCACAUUGCAAAGAGGUGGUGGAGAAACCAGCUUCCAGG